GUUUCAUACUGUUAUGGAAAGCACGUUGUCCAUUGUAACUGGAUAAGAUUUUUAAAAAUUGCCAGUUCAUUCGACUGUAAUGUAAAUCUAAUUUGCUCAAUGGUUAAAGGAGAUCCAUUAUAUGAAGUUAUAAAACCAAUCAAAACUUAUCAGGAAUUAGUUGCUUAUUACAUCCCAGAACGACCAGAAGAGAGUAUACUUUUGACUGUUCGUUCCACGUUUUAUAGAAAAGCUAUGGACGCAAUUCUACAGGAUACUCCCCUUGAUUUGUCACUAGCAUUAAUGUAUAAAACACCAAAUAUGCCACUAUCUCCUCCCGUAAGUGAGGACGAACAAAAGUCAAUGUUGAGCGAUUCCUCUGGUUCCUUAUUAUCACUUAAUGACAGCACAAUUGAUAACUCGACUACAUCAUAUGCAUCGAUGGGAGAAAUAAAUAAAUACUCAUUUGAGAAUAUUACUCCAAAAUCUUCCAAAAAACAAGUUAAUAUUAAAAGUUACCAAUAUGGAGACAAUAAUACGAAGAAACGAAUGGGAAAAAGCGAAAGGUCCUUACUUCCCUGCGAAGUCUGCACAAAAGCCUUCGAUAGGCCAAGCCUACUUAAGAGACAUAUGAGAACACAUACGGGGGAAAAACCUCAUAUUUGUAUGGUUUGUGGAAAAGGAUUUAGUACUUCAAGUUCUUUGAAUACUCACAGACGAAUCCACUCAGGUGAAAAACCGCACGAAUGUCAAGUAUGCGGUAAAAAGUUUACUGCCAGCAGUAAUUUGUAUUACCAUAGGAUGACACAUAUCAAGGAAAAACCCCACAAGUGUAAUUUAUGCGCUAAGUCAUUUCCAACUCCUGGCGACUUAAAGUCACACAAGUAUGUUCACAGUGGAUCCUGGCCAUUUAAGUGUUCAAUUUGUUUCCGUGGGUUUUCAAAGCAAACGAAUUUAAAAAAUCAUUUGUUUCUGCAUAGUGGAGAUAAACCACAUGGCUGUAAUAUAUGUAAGAAGAGGUUUGCAUUAGCUUGCAACCUGCGAGCACACAUGAAAACUCACGAUGGUGAUAUGCAAGACCAAUGUAUUAGAUGUGAAAAGCCGCUUAUUGCUGAAAAUAUUAUUUUACACAAAAGAAAAAUUGCCACUAAAUGCAUUAAUCUGGACGAUUCAACGGAUGAUGGAGGGAAAUCUGGAUUACCAUCAGAAGGACGAAGUGUGUGUACCGAAGAAGAAUUUGACUCAUCAAAUGCUGCAACAGAGUACAGUGAAAAAUAAUAUGUACGAACAUUUUUAAUUUUAUUUAAUAAGGAACAUGUCUAAUUUAUUGAAAUACAUUAUUCAUUCCGUAAAUCAUUGUGACCAAAUAUUAAAAUUGUUAACACUAACAAA